GUGGCUGCAGGUAUUGGUGUCUGCCUCUAUGCCUCUGUGCCGAAGGGAUAAAGAGAGAAAGACAGAGUACUAGUGCUUCAUAUCCCCCCUCUGGCCUCCCCGUCUCCCUGCUCCUUGUCACUCCAUCCUUCCUUCCCUCCCGGACCACCCGUCAGCAGCUGGAUCAACCCGCCUGGACCCUCCUCCCACAACCCCUUUGACUAUCCUCACUUCACCAUCCCGUCUUGUCAACUGUGUGCAGAUCAAGCCCUGUCAAAAUAUGCUGGAUUUUCUCAUUGUUUGAAGUAGAAGCUUGGACCUGACAGUGCAGUCACAGAUAAUCUUGAUUUGGAACAGCAGAAGAAAACCUUUAAAUAUUUUAAACAUAAGCCUCUUUCACAGAGUAUAAGUGACGAGUUGCUAAGGUGAGGUACGCUGGACAGACGGAUUACUCCCAAGUCUUCUGGAAGUGCGCUAGCACGUGGUCACAUGACCUGGAAGAGAAAACCCAAGAGACUUGUGGGAUCCCUCUCUGAAUGGGCCAGUUAUCAACCUGGAAAGAAGUCUAAAGGCUGAUGAACUGAUCGACACAGCUGCGCUCUCUUCCCCUCUUUUUCUGUCCAAUCUCUCCAUUUAUGUCCUGAGAUCUGCAACUUUCUGCAACUCUGGUGACUGGUUGGCUGCUGUACCAUCAUUCUCGUCCUGCUCCUGGAAAUUUCCUGUCACGUGACCAUAUUCCUGCUUCACCUCUACUCCUAGAAUGGAACCCAACAAAGUCCAGUCAGAGGGUGGCCUGAAUGUGACCCUGACCAUCAGGCUUCUCAUGCACGGCAAGGAAGUCGGAAGCAUCAUUGGAAAGAAAGGGGAAACUGUGAAGAAGAUGCGUGAAGAGAGCGGUGCUCGCAUCAACAUCUCAGAAGGAAACUGUCCUGAAAGGAUCGUCACCAUCACUGGACCUACAGAUGCCAUCUUCAAGGCCUUCGCUAUGAUCGCAUACAAGUUUGAAGAGGAUAUAAUCAACUCCAUGAGCAACAGCCCAGCCACCAGUAAGCCCCCUGUGACUUUGCGUCUCGUGGUGCCAGCCAGUCAGUGCGGCUCCCUCAUUGGCAAAGGAGGCUCAAAAAUCAAAGAGAUGAGAGAGUCCACAGGAGCUCAGGUGCAGGUAGCAGGGGACAUGCUGCCCAACUCCACAGAGCGUGCAGUGACAAUCUCCGGCACCCCGGAAGCCAUCAUCCAGUGUGUCAAACAGAUAUGUGUGGUCAUGCUGGAGUCCCCACCGAAAGGUGCCACCAUUCCCUAUCGCCCAAAGCCCGCCUCCACUCCCGUCAUUUUUUCAGGUGGCCAGGUAAGAGCCGACCCGCUGGCGGCGUCCGCAGCAAACCUCAGCCUUUUACUGCAGCACCAGCCACUGCCUGCCUACACAAUUCAGGGACAAUAUGCCAUUCCACACCCAGAUCAGUUGACCAAGCUCCACCAGUUGGCUAUGCAGCAAACCCCCUUUACCCCCCUCGGACAGACCACCCCUGCUUUCCCUGGUCUGGAUGCCAGUCCCCCGGCCAGUACUCAUGAACUCACCAUUCCCAAUGAUCUAAUAGGCUGCAUAAUCGGGCGCCAGGGAACCAAAAUCAACGAGAUUCGUCAGAUGUCUGGAGCGCAGAUCAAAAUCGCUAAUGCCAUGGAAGGGUCAUCUGAGCGCCAGAUCACAAUUACAGGAACCCCCGCCAACAUCAGCCUUGCCCAGUACCUCAUCAACGCAAGGUUCAGAGACGUGGCAGCCAUGUGGACUGACCCUUCAUCAAUGACAACAUCCUGAAGCCCCAAACUGCUUUCAUUAUCUGAAGCUAUCAACAGCUGAUUUCCAAUAAACCAAUCCUCCCUUAGAACUCACCUAUCCUUCCCCCUGAAACCCCAUUGUCAACUUCAUCAGUAGCUACACUCAUAUAGGCAGACUACUGAACUUAUAUAUAUAAAAAACAAUUAAAAAGAAAAAAAAAAACUGUGAAACGCAGGAAACAUGUAGUAUGAUUUGUUCAUGUUAUGCAGUGUUUCAGUGUAGUGUUUUAGCAUGCUGAAUGCUUGGAUUCCGUAUAUUUAUUUAUUAUUUUAAAUUGGUAAGAUUAGUUGAGUAUGGUUGCUGAAUAAGUUGUGUGAUUUGUCAGAAAAGCCUAACAAUGUAAAAAAAAUGCAAAUGAUUAAAAAGAAAUAGCUACCAAUUGCUUUUUAGGCAAUGCUGUUGGCAAGGAGAUAGUGAUGCAAAUUUGUAAGGAUGUUGUAACUGAGUACAAACAAAUUGAGAGGCUGUUGGACAUUUCUUUAAAGGAGGAAAAGAUAUAAUCACACAAGACAAAGCUUGAUUGUUUCCAGCUUGACAGAAUCUGAAGAAGUACUUGAUUGUUAUGCAGAAACAUACUAAAUAUGGAGAGCAACAAAGCAGAAAUCUUUAUUGUACAGUGUCAAAUGCUUUCAGAAUUAUUUUAUGUUAUCUAUUUUUUUCUAUCUUUUCCAUCCUUUCCCCUUUUUCCUCUUCCCUUAAAUAUUCUAGGCUGACGUCUGAGGUCACUGGAAUGGGCACGCUCUAAUUUCUUCCCAUGAUCCUUCACUGCAUCACAUGACCCUUGAGCCAAUGGCAUUGCACCUAGUUUGUUUAUUUCUCUGUACUAUGCUGUCCUGUAUUUUCUGUAAUAAUGACUGAUUUAUAUUCUGUAAUGUGCACAUAUUUAAGAACCACCUCCUACUUGACAUUUGUUGUGCUCCUGAUGAUCCUUACUUAUUUCCUGUUUCUUUUCAAGUACACUUUACGUUUUUUGACUCUCUAGUACCUCAUGUCACUCACUGGUGUCCUAUUUUGCCAUAGCCUUCACUGUGAUUUCACCUUUUUCUAUGUUUUCCAGUUCAUAUUCUAUGGUGCGGUCUGUAUUGAUGGUGCAAGCCUAUCUAAUCAAACAUUUUGCAAUCUCUUAUAAAAGGGAUAAUUCAGCCAAUUUGAGCCAAUGACAGUUCUGUCGUCACUUACUCAGCCUCAUCUUUUAAACCCAUAUAACUUUAUUUCAUGGAACACAAAAUGAGAUCAGUCCUAUACACUUUCAUUGUAUGGCAAAAAGAUGCAGUUACUAAGACUAACAUUCUUCCCAAUGUUUUCUUGAGUUAGAAAGUUGUACAGGUUUAAAACAACACAAAAGUAAAUGAAGACAAAGUUGUCAUUUUUGAGUGAACUACCACUUUAAAUCACAUUGAAUUUGCAACUUUUAAAGCAAAAGUCCUGUGCUUUAUUGUUUUUGUUUUUUUUAAACAGGGCUUUGCUUACCUCGUACCUCAAAACAGUGUACCUCAUGAAUAAUGAAACAAAUUGAUAGUGUUGGAAUGUUUGCACCAUGUCUGAUUGUUUUGUUUGCAUCUGUCAUUGUGGCAUGCUGAGUAACACAGCGAAUCCAAUAUUAGCCGCUUGCAUUCACUUUCACAACAGAGGCGAUGAAAAAACUCAGCGCGAAACAAAUGAAACGAGCUCACCACUUCAUUGCAUGCCAUGACAUUUAAAUUCAGCAUAGCAAUCCGAGUUUAUUUAAAUAAUUGAAUAUAUUACAGCAGAAUUAUUUUUAAAAUAUUUUUAUAUAUGCAACGUGUUUUUGAAGUUGUAUGACAAAUAUGGGGGUUUUAUUACUUUGGAAGUGAAUACAAAUGUGCUGAUAAUUAAAUCUGCCCCAUACGGUCUCUAUGGUAGCAUUCGUCUACAGUGUUUUUUCACACUGCUCUCCAAUCUCAUACGAAAAUCAUAUUUGUCAGUCAAACAGAAAAGACAUGCACAAGCUCUGCAUUCAUACAAUGAGACUAAAGGUUGUUCUCCACUGACAGCUUUUGAAACAUGCACAUGCAGACACAUGGCAAAACAAAAGAGCACUUUUAAAUUGUCCCAAGCCCACCUUAUCAAUAAGGCAGGAUCAUUUGUAUCUUGGGCUGUGGAAUGUUCUUGGGUUUAGGCCAGAAUUUAGAGGGACAGUUCGCCCUAAAAAUGAAAUUCUGUCAUAAUUUACUCUCCAUUGAUUCAUUGCAGGGGAAAAAGAUGCAGUGAAACUGAAUAGUGACUGCGACUAACAAUCUGCCAAUAAUCUCAUGUUCCACAGAAGAAAAGUAAGUCUUAUGGGUUUGGAACACAUGAGGGUGAGUAAAUUAUGACAGAAUUAUCCUUUUUGCAUGAACUGUCCCUUUAAGAUGUGCUGGCAGACUUACCAAUAAUAUAAUUAUUUAAAUAUGUUUGUGUCUUUAUAACAGUUGUUUAUUUUUCAAUUAAGGCCACUGUGUCUUUUAUUAUUAUUACUAUUAACCUUGAUUGUUGUAUGUCACCUCCUGCUGAUGUAGCUUCACUGUCUCUAAGAUGUAAUCAUCUUUUUCUGAAAUGCAAAACCUAAUUUGAUUGACUUAAGGCUAUUUAUGUUGCAUGUUAUGCUGUGAUUUAUUAUAACUGAGUACACCAUAGAUGUGUACUGAAACUCUUUCCUAUUACAUUAUCUACCUAUUGACAACUUCAAAUAUAAUUUCUUGCAUUUAUAAUUAGUUCCAAGUUGUUUUAAUGGCUAAGUAUGUUAUUUCUGCACCACUAGUUGCAUCCAACAGAAAUUGCAAUCUGUUCGUUUGAUCGACUUGACAAAAAAAGCAACAUUGACACUACCAAUGCUGUGAGUUUGUGAUUUUACGCAAUGUAGAUUAAUGUUUAAAACUUAUUUGAAAACAGUAAUUAUUGCAAUUCUGUUUGGUAUCACUAGUGGUGCUAAUGGUGCAGAAAUUACACGCCAAAAUGUUUUGUUGCUAUAGUUGAGCCAAUAUUUCCAGUAUUGAAUGGAAUAUUCUGAGUUCAAUACAAAAUAAGCUCAAUCGACAUCAUUUGUGGUAUAAUGUUGAUUAACACAAACAUUUUAUUUCCUUUUCUUUAAAAAAGCACAAAUCGAGGUUACAGUGAGGCACUUACCAUGGAAGUGAUUGGGGACAAUUUUUGGAGGGUUUAAAGGCAGAUAAGUUAAGCUUAUAAUUUUAUAAAAGCACUUAUAUUAAUUCUUCUGAUAAAAUAUAUAAGAUAUAAAAUACAUAUAUCAUGUAUUAUUUGAGCUGUAAACUUGUUUAAAUGGUCAUUUUUACAGUCCUUUUAGGGAUUUAGAGUUUGUUGACAUUACAUUGUCAUGGCAACAAAGUUGUAAAAUUGGUUACUUUACACAGAAAGGGUUAUUAAGUGAUUUUAUCACACUGAAAUCAUAUUGUUCAUGUCUCAUAGCUAUACUUUUGAAAAAGUGUGUAUUUGAGGGGCAAGUCAAAAUUCAUUCAACCACAAAUGCUGUCAAUUGAGCUUAACUUCUAUUGAACCUAUUGUCUUUUACAAUGUCUUUUCUAGACAUUUUCCCAAUUUUUCCUGGAGCUUGCAUACCAAUCAGAGGUCAUACUGAUUUACCCUUUUAUCCAAAUCAGAACUUUUUCAGUGGCAACAAUCAAUAUGUAUUCCACCCUCUACAUUUAACUGUCUAAUAAUGUGGUAUUGAGGCUGAAAGUUGAAUGUAACUGCUUCAACAUAUGAUUUGUUAUUGAAUUGAUAUUGCCAUUUUCCAAUUGCAUGAGAAUACGUAAUCAUGCAUACAGAAGGAAUAAUUUACUUCCCAAUUUUAACAGAAAAUGCAUUCACACUGAGGUAAGCGGGUACAAAGGCAUGCAGUUGCAAGGCUUUGAAGCUAUAUUCCUUUACCUAGUUUGGUAUUUGUUGAAGCAGUAUCGCACUGCAGGCAAAUAAAAGAAUUAUUCGACAACAUAGUCAAGCAUAUUUAGAAUGUUGUCUGAUCCAUUUUUAGUUAUGAUUAAUUAUCAGCUAUGAGCACAGAACUUUUAUAAUACUGGAAUUUGAUCACGUAUGUGCACAUGGUCAUGUUAAGCCAGCCAGACAUGACCAAAGUGAUGACAUUUUGUUGCUUUCAAAUGACUAAUUUAUCUGGAGUUAUACAACACAUUCUCUUCGUGUUUUAGAUGAAGCUUUCAGUUUUUUGUUGUCACGCUUAGCAUUUGUUUUGCACUGCUUUGAAAUGUAAUAUUUGUGUCAGUGUCUUAGACUCUGUUAAACAUUAAGUUAGAUUGUAUGUUUACACAAGACUAUGUCUUGUAAUACUUGUAUGGAAUGUUUUAUUUGAUGUUAUUAUGUUUAGUCCAUAGUGUGCUGUACUCUAGAUGACUGUACAGAAGCAUAUUAAUAUUCAAACAGCAGCAUGCAUAACUGUAACAUUUCUCGUAGCAGAAUGCUUUACCAAGGGAGGCUUUUGUUAUUUUUUAUUACUAUUGCCGUUGCUGUUCAUUCAUUUCACAAAUGCAAUAAAAUAAAUGUCCGUGUAGGACUGCAGUGAUGUGUUAGAAUUGAUCAACUGUUUGGUGGAAAACUAAGAAAGGCAUUGCAAACCGCUUUUAUAUUUUUACAUGUUUCAUAUUUGCCUGGCCUCGUGACAUCAUGAUAUUGUUCUCAUUCAAAUCAUGUGUUUGAUUUGCACUCAUAACUCUAAUAACACAUUAAUUUACACUGUACACAUUCACACUCAUCAUAUUCAUAUUGCUGAUCAUGCAGUUUUUCAUUGUACUAGAGCAGCAAAAAGAAAAAAGAGCCCUCUACCUGUUUGCGCUUCUAUAAAUGAUUCUGUUUGAAGAUGUAACAAAGAGUAAUUAUUUUUUGUCUGACUAUUUGCUGCUUGCAGGUCUAUGUUAGAUUCAAAUUACUGCUGAAGUAAGGUUAACUUUUAAAUGUUUUGUAAAAAGGAGAGAAUAAAGUUUGUUUGUUUUUUUU